CUGCAUAGCACUGUUUGGCUUUCGCGGUUCGCGCUGUGACAAAAUAAAUUUUAAUGCAAGACAUGUACCGAAUGAUGAUCGAAUGAAACGCAGCAGAGCUCGCUCUGCUAUCUUUGGAUCCCUCAUUCCCAACCACAACCAACAAACUCGAUCUGGUCUGUCUAUCUGAUCAUAAAAUAAAAAUCAUCCACAACCAAAAAGCACACAAAGAAACAGUCAACCCACACUAGCACUACCAUGAAUAUCUUUACACUCAAGAGCAACAACCCUGCCAACCAAGCGGCCAAGAACUUGAAACGGGUGAACAAGUACAUCACUUUGGGUAGCAAAGCAUUGACCAAGGGAGACAACCAAGGCGCACUGGACCUGCUUGGAAAAUGCCUGGAAAUCCGCGAAAAGGCAUCGCUCGAUGAUCAAGAUCCCAUCUGGGCAUCCGUCUUUAGCAACCUGGGCGUUGCGCUGUCUCGUUUGGGCCACUCCAACGCCAGUCUCGAUUUUCACAAGAAGAGUCUCCGCAUUCAAGAAGCCCAAGACGGCAAGGACGGUCUCGAAACGGCCGCCAGUCACAACAAUGUCGGCCUCGCCCUCAAAGCUUGUGGAGACGUGGAAGGCGCCUUUGAGCAUUUGAAUCAGUCCAGGGUCAUUCGCGAAGCCAAGCUCGACGCCAACGACCCCGAGAUUGCGGAAUCCUAUUUCAACAUUGGAACGGUGUUGUUGGAAAUUGACGACUUUGAAGGUGCUGCCGAAAUGUUCAACAAGUGCGUCCUUAUCCAGGAACAGGCACUGGGCAUGAAAGAUUUGGCACUUGCGGCUACCUACGAGCAAUUGGCUGCCACGCUCGAAAAGCUGGGAGAUAUCGAAGGGGCUCUGGAUUAUCACUACAGGUGCUUGGAGGUACGCAAGACCCAACUCAAAAAGGAUGAUCCAUCCGUCCUAAAAGCCAGCAAAAAUAUUGGAAGGGUCUUGGACAAAGGCAUUGCCGCCGAUGAUAUCGCGGCGGCAUCCGACGACGCCUUUAGUUCCGAAAUUGUCGUCGAGGUGGAAUCGGCACUCAAUUUCAAACGCCGAUCCGUGAAUGUUCGUAGACGAUCCGUCGAGGUCUACCGACGUGCAUCCAUCGAAGCGAAUGCCCUGGCAGCGAUUACAGAGACAGCCAGUAUGAUUUCCACAGUUUCGGAGGAGACUAAUGAAGCUCAGGACAACAAUGAAGCUGCUCAGGAAAAUGAAGCAACAGACUCUCCCCAACCACGACCUCGACUGGUCGAUGGGGCGUUGUCCCAAUCAGCACCACCUCGGCUUCAGCAGCAGCAGAACAAUAAUAAUGCGGAACCUGUGUUGGUGGUGCCUUGUGCCCCCACGGGACUGUUUUGGUCGGUUUCCAUGUGCCACCUCAAGACCGAGGCGGUCAACCACUACACUCCAUCCGCCACGGCGACACCUGUGAUUGCAGAACAAUCCGUCGAAGAAUCCCUCAUUGGCGGCGACAGCGACAGCGAUUCCGACGACGCACCAGCACAUCAUGCCGACAUGGGCGAUGUUCGUAGGUGGAGUCGCAUGUUGGCCGCCACGGAUCUCGCAGAGGUCGGAAUCACCCAACCAAAUUUGACCAGGGACGUGUCUUGUUAAAAAGAAAGAAAAGAAAGGGUUUGGAAGGGGGCAUCGAUCUAUCGGUCGAUCGAUGGAACCAACGAAAUGAAUCCCAGACCCAAGCAUAGGACGACAACAAACAAACAAACAAACAAACAAACAAACAAACAAACUCGGAGUCGCAUAGGAAUGUAUAAAAUUGAAUAAGAACAAAAAAUUUACG